AUGUCAGCAACAGAUAUAUUUACAACAACUUCAUCAAAGUUCAAUGAUUCAUUGGUAUUGAUAAAUAAAUUAGAUAGUUCAAAGUUCCCAAGAAUACUUUCUAGAAUCGUUCAAAAGAUUGGUUGUGAUAAGAGUGAAAGAAUAUUCUCACAAGUAGAAGAAGAACAAUUACAAGGUGUUUUGGGGUUGGCUGCAUACGAAUUGAAAGCAAUCAUUGAAGCAUGUUCUUUUAUUUUCGAACAGACAGCAUACUACUCACUCUCUGGUAAUAGUUUGAUCGCUCAACUACAAAAGACAACACUACAAAACGAUAAGAUCACCGCAUUCCAGAGUGUAUGGACAGAGAAUGCAGAAUCUACAUUACAACAAUUGAGAUCGAAAUCGGUUGCACCACUGGUCUUGGGUGACAUCGGUUGGAGAUUCCACUUACAAAUGUCACAAUCAUCAAUGAGUAAAAUUAAACAACCAUCUGCCAUUUUCGAAUUCGAUUUAAAGUCUGACUCUAAAAAAGAUGAAAAGAUGGUAUUAGAAUUUAACAAAGAACAAUUACAAGAUUUCUUUUUACAAUUGGAAUUGGUUCAAGCUAAAUUAGAUUCAUUGGCAUAG